AUGAGCACUCGAGUUGCCAUUUCGUGGAGUUGCGAAGGGCUGCUGAAAUUGGAACUAAGAUUUGAAUUAGAUGCCUUUGUGGCUAAUUCCACUGAAUUUGAGGAGGCUGCGUUUGUCUUUUUUCUAGGUACAGGACCGUUACUAGAACUAGCUCCACUACUCGAUCUCCGCUUGCGUUUACGUGAACCUGAAGGCAGAGAAUUAGAAGGCGGACUUGCUACAGAUUGCUCUUUGUGGCUUUCGGAAGGAGAAUAG